AUGCCCAUGCCCCACCGCCUCACCAAGGCAGAGCCAGGCUGGAGCCGAGAGUCGGCUCUCAUCCCGGGUCGGGACUCCACGCCGGUGGGGACCGCGGCGCGCGCGUCUCCGCCGCGUGCGGGAGCGCGGGGCCCGCCCGGGAGCGCGCGGACCCGGCCGCAGAAAGUUGCCGCUCGCGCCGCCGCCCGCGCGCUCCGGGCGCCCCCUCCCACCCGAGCGCCACGUGCCGCGCGCCCCCCGCUCCCAGGCCGCGGCGGGACGCCCCCGCCCCCACCGCGGCGUGCAGUGCGCAGGCGCCUCGCCGCGGGUCCCGGCGGCGGGAGCGGGAGGUGGGAGGCGGCGGGAGCGGCUUCAAGCCUCGGCUGGAGACUGAGGCGAAGGCGGCGGCCGCGAAGGAGGUGGAGGAGCAGCGAGGGUGGCGGCGACGGCGAUGGAGACGCGGGGCACAUGAGGCGGCUGCCGGCGGGACGGGCCGAGGCCCGGCGGAGGAGGCGGCUCCGGGGAAACUCGCCGCCCGAGGGAGUCUGGAAAAGUUGCAAACGAAACAUCAUUUCUCUGAGAAAGUUUUGGAUAACAGCAAUUCUGGAUAACAGGUAAAGUGCAUUUAAACUACUCCAGUGCUGACAAAUCACCUCUGG